GCCCGCCCCACCCGCGCCAGGUUCCGGCGUCGGCGUUAGGCGCGUUGCUGACGAGCAAGUUGCGUAGCCAAUUGCGGCUAGGCGGCGUCGCGCUGGUCGCGGGCCGAACCAAUGGCACGCGACGGGGCGGGGCGGUGGCGGCCGUGGAGCUUCGCGAGGAGCCGCCCUGCGGGAAGACGCCAAAGGGGAGUCGGCGGCACAAAAUGGCGGCGGCGGCGGCGGCUGGGGCUGCAGGGUCGGCAGCUCCCGCGGCAGCGGCCGGCACCCCGGGAUCUGGGGGCACACCCUCAGGGUCGCAGGGGGUGCUGAUUGGGGACAGGCUGUAUUCCGGGGUGCUCAUCACCUUGGAGAACUGUCUCCUGCCUGACGACAAGCUCCGUUUCACGCCGUCCAUGUCGAGCGGCCUCGACACCGACACAGAGACCGACCUCCGCGUGGUGGGCUGCGAGCUCAUCCAGGCGGCCGGCAUCCUGCUCCGCCUGCCGCAGGUGGCCAUGGCUACCGGGCAGGUGUUGUUCCAGCGGUUCUUUUAUACCAAGUCUUUCGUGAAGCACUCCAUGGAGCAUGUGUCAAUGGCCUGUGUCCACCUGGCUUCCAAGAUAGAAGAGGCCCCAAGACGCAUACGGGACGUCAUCAAUGUGUUUCACCGCCUUCGACAGCUGAGAGAGAAAAAGAAGCCUGUGCCUCUACUACUGGAUCAAGAUUAUGUUAAUUUAAAGAACCAAAUUAUAAAGGCGGAAAGACGAGUUCUCAAAGAGUUGGGUUUUUGCGUCCAUGUGAAGCAUCCUCAUAAGAUAAUCGUUAUGUACCUUCAGGUGUUAGAGUGUGAGCGUAAUCAACACCUGGUCCAGACCUCAUGGAAUUACAUGAACGACAGCCUUCGCACCGACGUCUUCGUGCGGUUCCAGCCAGAGAGCAUCGCCUGUGCCUGCAUUUAUCUUGCUGCCCGGACGCUGGAGAUCCCUUUGCCCAGUCGUCCCCAUUGGUUUCUUUUGUUUGGAGCAACUGAAGAAGAAAUUCAGGAAAUCUGCUUAAAGAUCUUGCAGCUUUAUGCCCGGAAAAAGGUUGAUCUCACACACCUGGAGGGUGAAGUGGAAAAGAGAAAGCACGCUAUCGAAGAGGCAAAGGCCCAAGCCCGGGGCCUGCUGCCUGGGGGCGCACAGGUGCUAGAUGGUACCUCAGGGUUCUCUCCUGCCCCCAAGCUGGUGGAAUCCCCCAAAGAAGGUAAAGGGAGCAAGCCUUCGCCACUGUCUGUGAAGAACACCAAGAGGAGGCUGGAGGGCAGCAAAAAAGCCAAGGCGGACAGCCCCGUGAACGGCUUGCCAAAGGGGCGAGAGAGUCGAAGUCGGAGCCGGAGCCGUGAGCAGAGCUACUCGAGGUCCCCAUCCCGAUCAGCAUCUCCUAAGAGGAGGAAAAGUGACAGCGGCUCCACAUCUGGUGGGUCCAAGUCGCAGAGCCGCUCCCGGAGCCGGAGUGACUCCCCACCGAGACAGGCCCCCCGCAGCGCUCCCUACAAAGGCUCUGAGAUUCGGGGCUCCCGGAAGUCCAAGGACUGCAAGUACCCCCAGAAGCCACACAAGUCUCGGAGCCGGAGUUCUUCCCGUUCUCGAAGCAGGUCACGGGAGCGGGUGGAUAAUCCGGGAAAAUACAAGAAGAAAAGUCAUUACUACAGAGAUCAGCGACGGGAGCGCUCGAGGUCGUAUGAACGCACAGGCCGUCGCUAUGAGCGGGACCACCCUGGGCACAGCAGGCAUCGGAGAUCCCCACUUUCUGCAGAGAGGUGUGAAUUUGGGUGGCACAAAAGUGGAUUAGAAGCAUUUGUCCAUGAAUGGAAUACAAUAACAAAAGAGGAAGACCGUCCUGCAGGUCUCUCGUCUCCCUGCUGCAGUGUGCUGAUGGGACCAGGGGAUCCCUGGUGGUGGUGGUCCCCAGCUGGAGACUGGCUGGCUUAGGAGAGGGCACGUGGUGGCUGCCUCCAGUGGUUCCCCAGGAGCCCCAGCAUGGUGGGCAUCUCCUUGCAGUCACCGCUGCAGAGACGUCCAAAGCACUGACCCGCCCUGCCCUGUGUGAAGGGUCGUUCCUGCCCGUCCACGAGAUGACUGGCCCUGCAAGGCUGCCAAGAGGGGAACUGCAGGCAUCAGGGUAGCCUGUCCCUGCGACUCCAUGCUGCCUGUGUCUCAGCUUCUGGGCCACCAUCUGGAGGAAACUGAUGGCAGCUCAGGGGACUCAGGCUAGGGGGACACGGCGGGGGUCUGAGAGCUCAGGGACAUGCUGUUGGGCCACAGUAGUACCCCAGGGACGCUGCCCGGUACGCUGAGUGCACAGGACAGUUCCAGGCAUCAGCUGUGCCAAGGUGGAGAAACGUGUGUGGGACACUCCCCAGAGGACACAGACAGGGCCCAUUGUCCCCAGAGCCUCCAGUCCCACAGCUCUGGCAGUGCCCAGCUUCCACGCAGGGCGCCUCUACUGCCUGAGGCUUUCCAGAACCCAUUCCGGAGAAAACCAGAUGGGUGGGCCAAAGUGAGGGUCUGCCCCAGGUCCUUUGAGGGUCCACGCUAGCUGCGGGGCCCCACAGGCUCAUUUCUACCUAGGGACACAGCAAGGGGCACGGCGCCAGCCCCUGGCAUAGGUGCCCUGGAGCUCUGGCAACUGGAGCCUGGUUCAGCAUCCGGAAAGUGAGGGUCUCCAGCCACAAGGUGGGGGUGGGUUCGGCCUCUGCUCCCAAGUGGGUCAGGUCCUGGCCUCGAUCCAGGAGUGUUGACCUGAGGGUAGGGGUCCUUGCCCACCAGACCGGGGGCUCCCCUGUGCCACAGAAUCCAUGGCUCUCCCCUGCCUGCAGCAAGGCCAGGCUCAGGGGUCACUCCAGCCCUGGGAGUACCUGCAGGAGGAACCCACACGGGGAGGCGUCUGGUGUGGUAGGUGGGCACCUCCCUGGCAGCCCCCAAGGUCGCCCUGGCACUUGGGGCGACUGCAGGUCUUGCCCCGUAUCUCAUCUUCCCAGGGGAGGCAGGCAUUGGGGGGCUGCCCAGCAUCCACAAGGCCACCGUCCCCUCCUUGAGAUUUGCCCUCUAUGGGGACCAAAGGAAGGAGGGGCACGCACCACUGUCAUCCCGCGGAUGCCCUGCUCCACCUCCUCAGGCCCAGCCCCUGGGGGCUGCUUCCAUCCUGCCAGCACCUUCACGGCUCCACGGGCAGCUGCGUGAAUGGGGGGACUGGGCACAGGCAGGGCUGGGGCCCCGCAUGGGGUGCACCCCAAGUUCCUCACUGGGCAGGGCACCUACAGAGCAGCUGCUGUGUCAUGGAGCUGCUGGGCUGGCUUCGCUGGUGGUGGCCUGGCUGAAGUGUCACAGCCCAGGGCACCCUGACCCUGAGAGGACACGCCUGGCAGAGAGGCCAUUUUGCCAUCAGCAAGGGGUGCAGGCCCUACCAUCCGGGACAGCUCACAGUGGUGCCCGUGCCCGGGGUGGAGUAGGACUGAACUGCAUCUAGAGCCAGACGCACUGCUCCUGUUCCCUUAGCCUUGUGAGGGUGCCUGUCUCCUGGGAAGCCCUGUGCAUGGAGCACUGGUGAGCAUUUUAACUAGCACCUCUGAAAAAAGGGUAGGCCCUCGUAUUUCAAUUUUUGGGGUGUAAAUCUUUCAUGGACAAUUUUUUUUAUCUGAGUCAGAGUCUCGCUCUGUUGCCUAGGCUGGACUGCAGUGGUGCGAUUUUGGCUCACUGCAACCUCCACCUCCCAGGUUCAAGCAGUUCUCCUGCCUCAGCCUCCCAAGUAGCUAGGAUUACAGGCACCCACCACCACGCCCGGCUAAUUUUUGUGUUUUUAUUAGAGAUGGGGUUUCACCACGUUGGCCAGGCUGGUCUCGAACUCCUGACCUCAGGUGAUCUGCCCACCUCGGUCUCCCAGAGUGCUGGGAUUACAGGCGUGAGCCACUCCGCCCAGCCGGGCCAAUUAUAUUUUAUUGUCUCUGUCGCCCAGGCUGGAGUGCAGUGGUGUGAUCUCAUGGGCUCAAGCGAUCUCUCACCUCAGCCUCCCAAGUAGCUGAGACCACAAGCUCACGCCUCCACGCCUGGCUAAUUUGUUUUUAAUUUUUUUUUUUCUUUUUUUUGAGACGGAGUCUUGCUCUGUCGCCCAGGCUGGAGUGCAGUGGCACAAUCUUGGUUCACUGUAGGCUAUGCCUCCCGGGUUCACGCCAUUCUCCUACCUCAGCCUCUCCGAGUAGCUGGGACUACAGGCACCUGCCACCACACCCGGCUACAUUUUUUUGUAUUUUUAGUACAGACAGGGUUUCACCGUGUUAGCCAGGAUGGCUACGAUCUCCUGACUUCGUGAUCCGCCCGCCUCGGCCUCCCAAAGUGCUGGGAUUACAGGCGUGAGCCACCACGCCUGGCCCUCUUUUUAAUUUUUUGUAGAGAUGGGGCCUCACUAUGUUGCAGGCUGGUCUUCAACUCCUGGGCUCAAGUGAUCCUCCCACCUCAGUCUCCUGAGUAGCUGGUACUACAGGUGUGAGCCACCACGCCCAGCUAAUUUUUGUAUUUUUUGAAGAGACAGGGUCUCUCCAUGUUGCCCAGGCUGGAUAUGGCCAAUUUCAAGUGCCAACAACUUCAUUCCAUGCAGUAGUCAUUAUACAGCUUUUCCUUCAUCACUCACCAUGGCAUGGCCUUGGCUCACUCUGCCUCCCGUGUUUAAGUGAUCCUCCUGUCUCAGCCUCCUGAGAAGCUGGGAUUACAGGCAUGUGCCACCAUGCCCGGCUAAUUUUUGUAUUUUGCGUAGAGACGGGGUUUCGCCGUGUUGGCCAGGCUGGUCUUGAACUGACCUCAAGUGAUCUGCCUGCCUUGGCCUUCCAAAGUGCCAGGAUUACAGGCGUGAGUCACUGCACCCAGCCCACAAUACUUAAAAAAAAAAAAAAAAAAAAGAUUGAUAGACCGUUUAAGCAAGAGUACACACAGUCGUCAUUGCCAGAUUUGAUAUGAGAUGUUAAACGUUUGAUCUAAUUUUCCUUCUUGGAUAAGUUUUUUGAAAACAUAAUACCAGAAGAAGAGGAUCCCCAUUCCAUACAGAGCUCCCAAGAGUGAGUUUUUAGGAGUGAGUCUAAAAUUAGGGUAAACAUUUGCUAAUCUUGCACAGAUCCAAUGAAUGAAGGCAGGAUCUUGAGCCCUUGACGGUUAGGGACAUCGUACUGAAGCAGGUGCUCCCGUUUAAGCCGCGCUCUGAAUGGCCAAGGGCUGGGCUUGUACCCGCCGGGUUUCUGGAGAUACGUCCUGUUUGGCUGCGCCGAGGGGCAGAGGCCAGGUGCGACAGAGUAUAUACUUGGGGAGCGACAUCUCGGCGACCCAGCACACACCUCCCUAUAAUAUUCAGUCAUUUUUUUUUUUUUUUUUGAGACAGAGUCUCGCUGUCGCCCAGGCUGGAGUGCAGUGGCGCGAUCUCGGCUCACUGCAGGCUCCGCCCCCCCGGGGUUCAUGCCAUUCUCCUGCCUCAGCCUCCCGAGUAGCUGGGACUACAGGCGCCCGCCAUUUCGCCCUGCUAAAUUUUUUUGUAUUUUUAGUAGAGACGGGGUUUCACUGUGUUAGCCAGGAUGGUCUCGAUCUCCUGACCUCGUGAUCCGCCCGCCUCGGCCUCCCAAAGUGCUGGGAUUACAGGCGUGAGCCAUCGCGCCCGGCCAAUAUUCAGUCAUCUUAAGAUCAUUCUCCAGAGGCAGGAGAAUCGCUUGAGACUGGGAAGUGGAGGUUGCAAUGAGCUGAGAUCGCGCCAUUGCACUCCAGCCUGAGUGACAGAGCGAGACUCCCUCUCAAAAAACAAAAACAAUAACAAAAAAAAUCGGGCGUGGUGGCUCACACCUGUAAUCCUAGCACUUGGAAAGGCUGAGGCAGGUGGAUUGCCUGAACUCAAGAGCUCGAGACCAGCCUGGGCAACACAGUGAAACCCUGUCUCUACUAAAAUACAAAAAAUUAGCUGAGUGUGGCGGCGUGUGCCUGUAUUCCUAGCUACUCCGGAGGCUAAGGAAGGAGAAUUGCUAGAACCCGGGAGGCGGAAGUUGCAGAAGUUACAGUGAGCCGAGAUCACGGCACUCCAGGCUGGGUGACAGAGCAAGACGACUCCGUCUGUUUAAAAAAAAAAAAAUAGGGCCGGGCGCGG